AUUAAUAUUAAUAUUAUAUAUUAUUAUUAUAAUUUUAAGUUUUGAUUAUGUCUUUGAGGGAUGAAGCAUAUGUUUUGAGCAGAAUGAUAGGUGACGUUCUUGAUCCUUUUACAAGGUCUGUGGCUCUUAGAGUCUCAUUUAACAAUAAGUUGGUCAUUAAUGGUACUGAGUGCAAACCCUCUGCUCUGGUUAACAAACCUAGAGUUCAAGUUGGUGGAGAUGAUCUUCGCAUUUUCUACACUCUUAUUAUGAUUGAUCCUGAUGCUCCAAAUCCAAGCAACCCUUCAUUGAGGGAAUACUUGCACUGGAUGGUAACAGAUAUUCCAGCAACAACUGAUGCAAGUUUUGGUACGGAGGUGGUAUGCUAUGAAAGCCCACGGCCGGUGGCCGGAAUCCAUCGGAUACUGCUGGUGUUGUACCGGCAGCUGGGGCGUGAUACGGUGCUGGCUCCGGCCAUCCGUCAUAACUUUAGCACACGCUCUUUCUCUCAAAACAACAACCUCGGCUCACCGGCCAAUGUCGCCUACUUUAACUGCCAGCGCGAGACCGGCUCCGGUGGCCGCAAGCUCACAAAAUCAUAAUAAUGAUAAUAAUAACUUUUUUAGUCACCAUUAUCUAUUGUUGUGAUGAUGAAUUGAUGAUGAUGAUGAUGAUGAUGAUGAUGGUGAAGAAGAAGUAUGUUCUUGUUUGAAAGAGAGGAGAAUAUGUUAGUUUUGGUAAACAAGAUGGAGGAGAUGGAGACUUGAUGUAUUAUUGUUAUUAUUAGAAGGUGUAACUGAAGAUGCAUGUAUUAUUAUUAGAUGCAUGUUU